UAGUUUACAUGCAGGCAAGGUGACGAAUAUCUUAUCUGAUCGAUUAACAAUAAACGCGGGUUUAUAUACAAGAAUUCAAGUUGAUAAAUCACUAUUUGGCAUGACAAGCGUGUUGACCAUGCUUCCCACUACCCGACCAUUAAGCGGGGCUUCUCAGCAAACAAAUUCUAGUGAUGUAAGUCGGAUAACUGAAUUUGGAACCCCCAAAAAGACUGGACCAUAUUUGGAAGGAAAUCUAAAACUAUUGGAAACACUGGAAUGUCCAGUAGAUAUUAUGUGUUGUCACUUCAAUCCAUCAGGGACUCACCUAGCUGUUGGAUUAUGUGACGGAACAAUUAAGAUAUAUGACAGUAAUAGUUACCAUUUAUUGUAUAGUCUAUCAGAUGAAGAUACUGUAUCCAGUCGUCUACCAGUUACACAAAUUCGCUUCCGAACAGCUGUAUUGGGAGAUAAACCUGAAUAUGGUCAUAUACUUAUAGCAUCCUACGCAUCUGGCAACAUCAAAUAUUGGCAUUAUACUUCUGGAAAAUGUCUAAGCACAGUUAAUGAAAAACGGCAGACACUCGCUCUAGCACUCAAUCCAGAUGGCUCACAUUUAGUUUCGGCAGGAGCUGAUCCAGGGAUGCACAUCUAUGAUGUGGAAACAAAACAACGUAUUAAAACAUUAGAACCCAGUGAUUCCCGAGAUAAAAUGGAUGGACAUAGAUUUCGUGUAUUUGCUUUAAAAUAUAACCCUAAUCAUCCUAAUAUAUUUAUAUCUGGUGGCUGGGAUGAUACGGUACAGUAUUGGGAUGAUCGUCAAACACAUGCUAUUAGGAGAUUAAAUGGACCUCAUAUUUGUGGCGAUGCUUUAGAUAUAGAUCCUAUACAUAAUCAUAUAUUAACUGGUUCCUGGAGGAAACACAGAGUUCUACAGAUCUGGGAUUUUGCUAUGGGUGUAAAGAUUAAAGAUGUACCUCAGGAUACUCUCAACGCAAGUCAAUUAUAUUGUGCCCAAUGGUUAGGUAAAGAUAGUAUAAUAUGUGGUGGAACAGAUCAUAAUAUGGCUAGAGUUAUAGAUAGAGGAACACUUAAUACUACAGGGCAGCUUGUUGAUUUACCACAGGGAGUUUAUUGUAUAGAUAAUGACCGAAAUGUUCCCAACCCUAAAAUAGCCAUAGGUACUAAUCGACUGAUCUUCCUUGUAAAAAGUGAAAAGAAAGCUCCUUCUUAGAACAACAUAGUCAGUAUUGUAUUAUAUUCAACUAUUGUAACCAGAGAAAUAGGUCAUUAGGUUAAUAUUCUCUACUGUAAAAUUAGACAUUUGUUGCUUUCUUUUGUAAAGCAGGCCAUUUUGGGACAAAGACUUAAAUCUGAGAAAAUUACACAAUUAUAAACUACUUCAUUUUCCUUGCUUUCGAAUAUUACAUUCAGAUGGGGACUUAUAUUUCACAUAUUUCUUAAUAUAUAAUAGACUAUGUUUUUUACGGAAGGAAGGACAUUGUUUUCUUUUCAUUUUUACACUUGAGCCAAACACUUUUGCCACUGAGAAUAACCAUGUCAAAACUAAAUGUCAAACAUUGUAAAAUGCUAUGGGUUUUUUUGUGAAAACAAUUUGAAAAGGUUUUUAAAUAUGAAAAUAGUGUAAUCAAAAGAAUUCACACAACUUAUACUGUUAUAGAAAAGGUGAAAUUAUUUUGAAAUCAAAUAGUAAGGUAAUUUGUAGUUUUUACACCAAUUACCUGAAUAUAAAAUUGCAAAUAGCCUAUUUUUAAAACAUACUUGAACCUGGAUGUGAGUUUACCACAGUUCACAUAAUCUUCAUUGAAACAUUAAAUUUUGUGGCUCACUAAGGGGGUGCUUGAUUGUCGUCCAGAAUUGCAAUCUAGUGACACAGAAUUGAGUCCAGUCCCCAAAACUGAGUUAGUUUGAGCAGAAUCGUGACAUAAUGAAGUGUUACAGCAAUGGUGAUUAUUCAGUUUCUGCAUGCCUUGUCACCAGAUAUUCUCAUUUUUACUUGAUUGACACCUGUUGAGGGAUAGGGGGAAUUCAAUUCUGGCACAUUCAAUCCAGUAUACCCUAAAACACCGACAUUUAUAAUUUGAAGCAAUGCUAACUUCAGUUGUUGAGAACCUGAAUUGUGUAUCGGUCAUAUUAUAUUUGUAGAUAAUCUCUCAAUUUAGAAAUCAGAAUUCUAUUAGAAAAGUAUAUUUCAAUGUAUUAUGCAUUUAUUGUAAAAGAGCAAACUGCUGAUGUUAACAUGAUAAGUUCCAGAUGAUAUAUAAAUUUGAAUUACUGUAAAUUUAAUAUUGUUGAGCAUUUAAAAUUUAAAGAAUUUGCGUAUGCAGUGUUGUAUGGAGACUGCCUAUAAUAAGAGUUGUUAUAGAAUUGUUAAAUUAAUGUUAUUUUUGUUAACAUUCCGUCCUAUAUUAUUUAUUAUAUUGCUUUACUUAUAGCAUUAUUUUUACUUUAUAAA